AUGGCGGGACAAGAAGAUGAUGUGUUGUUUCAUGAGUUCGGAAAUCCGGAGGAUUAUGAUCUCACGGGAGGGAUUUUGCUACCCGUCACGGAAACCAACUUCACAAUUCAUCCCCAAUAUACUAGAAUGGUCCAAUCGGAACAAUUUUCGGGUUCUCCAAGUGAAGACCCCAUAGAGCACCUUGAUAGAUUCCUUGAGCUAUGUGCCAUGAUACAAACCAAUCAAGUUUCUCAAGAGUACAUCCGAAUGCAUCUAUUUCGACAAUCUCUUUCGGGUAGAGCAAAGAAGUGGUUGAAGCAAGUGAAGCCUAACUCUCUCACGACAUGGAGGGAGGUAGUCAAGGCAUUCUUGAAGAGGUUCAUUUCCGAGGAAAAGACCGCCGAAAUGAGAAGGAAGAUUGCAUCAUUUGAACAAGAAACGGAUGAGAGUCUUAGUGAAGCUUGGGAGAGGUUCAAAGAGUUGGUACAAGCGUGUCCUCAUCACGAAUACAAUCAAAGUUUGCUCAUGAGGUUUUUCUAUGAUGGAUUGGAGCCUAUGUCUAGAGCUAACUUGGAUGCGGGGGCGGGUGGACAAUUGAUCAAGAUCCCCCAAAAUCAAGUGGAAGCAACAAUCGAGGAGGUAGCAAAGAAUUACUCUUGGGGUGGUAGAAGAAGGAAUGCACCAAAGAAAGGUGGAAUUUAUGAAUUGGAGAAGGUUGAUCAAUUACAACAUCAAAUUGAGCAACUCACAAAAGGGCUUUCCAAGUUGAACACGAGUGUAAAUGCAAGUUCAAGUGGUGGAGCGAGCUCUUCUCAAGUUAACUCUUUCUCUUGUCAAAAUUGUGGAGGAACGAACCAUGAUACAUCCUAUUGUGGAGGUUUGAGCCCCGAGCAUGUAGCGGCAUACAACACAAGGCAAGAUGGUUUUAGAGGAGGCGACGAUGGAGUAGCUUGGAGACAACCACCACCCGGGUUUACAUCUCAACCUCAACAAUGGAGCCAACAAGCUCAACCUUCUUACAAUUCCAACCCCCAAUACCAAAAUCCACCUCCAUCUCAAAACCAAAACCCAAGAGGGAUCUACCCAAGGAACAACCAAUACAACAACCAACACCAAUACAACAAUCAAGCCCAAGUGCCUCAAAGAAAUCAAGAACAAGCACCUCAAGCGGAGCCAACACCAACUCAACUCCUUCAAGCCAUGCAUUCACAAAUGCAAACCUUUGGGCAACAAAUGCAAGAAAUAAGAGCUCACAACAAGAUGGUUGAUUCACAACUAGCUCAAUUGGCCGAGAGAACUCCUUUCAAUUCACCAUCUACUCUACCCGGACAACCACAACCUAACCCUUCUCAUAACCAAAAACCCGAUACAUGCAAGGCAAUCACAUUGAGGUCGGGAACUUCCUAUGAUGGUCCAAAUGAGGGGAUAGUGAGGAAAAGAAGGGAGGAGAAGAGAGUGUGA